AUGGCCGGGCGAACACCGAAGGACGUUUCGCCGGAAGGUGAGCGACGAACGCCGAGAAGUGCAAGAGGAGAGGCGAACAGGCGCCCACCAGUGCCCUUCAUUUCGGUGGCGGUCCGCAUCAGGCCCAACCUUUCUCAAGAGCCAGUUGCUCUUUGGGCCAAGUCCUCUCCGAGCUCCCAGCGCGUCUGCUGUCAUCGUGGAUUCUUGCUCGAGGAGUACGAAUUCUCCCGAGUUUUCGGGCCGGAAGAUGACAAUCGGACCGUCUUUGAUCAGAUCCAAGGCCCCACGCUGACUGCCAGCGUCUUCCAGGGUGUGAACGAAACGCUCUUCGCUUACGGCCAGACCGGCAGCGGGAAGACACAUACCAUCUUCGGCAGCCGCAGCGAACCUGGGUUCCUGGAGCUCUUUGUCCGCCGCUUCUUCGACGUGGCGCCAGCCAAAGCCGCACUUUUCGCAGGCUGCUAUGAGGUCUUGGGAGACUCGCUGACUGACCUGGUGGACUCGCGACGAUUCCUCGCUGAAGGAAGCCUGCAUCACGAGGACAUCGUGCACGAUGAGCUUUUUGCUAAAACACAGCGUUGCAGUUAUCAGAUUGUGCGCGUCCGCACGGCAGAGAUGUGUCUCAGUCUGCUGAACAACGCGAGAUGGAAUCGCACAUCAGGCGUUUCCUCUUUCAACGAGGACUCUUCCAGGUCUCAUGCCAUUGUACACCUCUUCGUUCAGAACCCUGGCUCCGAUGGAUGUGCCAGCAUCGGCACUCUGACCCUCGUCGACCUGGCAGGGACAGAGAAGGAGCACGAGAAUCCGUCAGAGAAGGGCCGCAAGUGCGCGCGGCUGCUGAACACCUCCCUGUCGUCUUUGAAUCGCCUUCUCAGAAAGCUACAAACUGGCAGUCUUGGGGAAUCGGAACGACGGCAGAGUGUUCUCAACAAGUGCUUGUGGGAGUACUUACGCCCGGGCUGUGGGAUCGCGCUGGUCUUCUGUGCAAGUCCACUGCUGCAGCAUCGAGCUGCCACGCUGUCGACCCUCGCAAUGGCGACAGACAGCAAGCUCAUCCAGAGUCAGCGGAAGUCACAGUACGUGAACAUGCCCAGCCCACGGCAGACCGGCAGAGCCCAGGCUUCUUCGCCUUCACCUGCCGCAGCCGUGGCUCCUGCAGGUCCGGGCAUCCGGGCUUGA